GCCCCUUUUGAUUUCGGUUGCAGUCGGAAGAAAUGACGUCCUUCCAACGGUCAUGCCCACACCUGGCUUGUUUAAUGUUACCCGGACUUGAGCAGCCUACGACCCUUCUUCCUUCUCCGUUCCGACUUCCGACCACAGGCUUCGCCAUCAUCCUUCCCGUGCAACGGCAGCUCACCGGAAGACCAAUCGCGCAGAAGCUGCUCCGGCCGGUGAUCCAUGUUCAAAAGCAAAACGCAUUGUUUUCAAUUCUGAGCCCGUCACAUCACGCAGAUCACAGCCGUAGCACGACAGCAGCUCGCAACAAACGCAAGGCCACAUCUCUCUCGAUCUUGACCAAAAGGAACUCACCAAACCACACGCGGAGACAAAACUGCGACGUCCCGGCUCGAACGGAGUGCUCUCUGCUCCCGCGUACCUGCCGGCCGGCUGACCACGCUGCCCGUGGCCGACUUGGUAGCAACGCCUUAAAGCGUACGCGACAGCUGCACGUUCUCUGCUCAGCCCGCCAAGCUUCCUCUGCUUCUGAAUUUCUGAUGACUUCGGCAAUGGGCGCUCCGCUUGUAUCGCGAGUUGCCGCCGUCGUGGCGGUCAUGGUAUUCGCGGCGGUCUCGCCGGCGUCGGCCUUCCCGACCGAUUUGCCGCCAGGGGUGCCACCGUUCCCGAACCCGUGGGCGGCGUUGCAGAACCUCUCCGGUUGCCACAUGGGCGAGGAGCGGCAGGGCCUGGCGGGUCUCAAGGACUACCUCAGCCACUUCGGCUACCUCCCGCCGCCGCCGCCAUCGUCCCCGUUCAGCGACGCGUUCGACCAGGACCUGGAGGCGGCCAUCGCGACGUACCAGCGCAACUUCGGGCUCAACGCCACCGGCGCGCUGGACACGCCCACCGUCGCGCAGAUGGUCUCCCCUCGCUGCGGCGUGGCCGACGUGAUCAACGGGACGUCCACCAUGGCGAGGAGCUCGUCGGCGGACCCCCACGGCAGGCACCUGUACGCCUACUUCCCCGGCGCGCCGACGUGGCCGCCGUUCCGGCGGGACCUCAAGUACGCGAUCACCGCGACCUCGGCGACGUCCAUCGACCGGUCCACGCUGAGCGACGUGUUCGCGCGCGCCUUCUCCCGGUGGGCCGCGGCCACGAACCUGCGGUUCACGGAGACCGCGUCGGAGUCCGACGCCGACAUCACGAUCGGGUUCCACGCGGGCUCGCACGGCGACGGCGAGCCGUUCGACGGGCCCCUGGGCACGCUCGCGCACGCCUUCUCCCCCACGGACGGGCGGUUCCACCUGGACGCCGCGGAGGCGUGGGUGGCCGGCAGCGACGUGUCGCGCGCGUCCUCCCCCGGGGCGGUGGACCUGGAGUCCGUGGCGGUGCACGAGAUCGGCCACCUCCUGGGGCUCGGCCACUCGUCGGUGCCGGAUGCCAUCAUGUACCCGACGAUCCGGACGGGAACAAGGAAGGUGGAGCUGGAGGCGGACGACGUGCAGGGGAUACAGAGCCUGUACGGGAGCAACCCCAACUUCAAGGGCGUCACGCCGACGUCGCCGGCGACGAGCAGCCGCGAGAUGGACGGCGGCGCCGGCGCGGGGCUCCGCCCGGACAGCGUUUUCGUUGGAGUAGUUGCGGCAGUUGGCCUGCUCCUAGCGCCGUAGACCUCUGGUCCUCGUCAGUUUUGCAGCCGGGCCGCCACGUCCUCCGUUUGCGUCGAUUAGUUGAUUCUUGGAUAGAUUCUUGUGUACAUAACUACGAUUAUUACAGAAUGAUAGCAUUCCACAGAGAUUAUAUGUUUCUUUA